AUGUAUGUUACUUCGUGGGCAAUUCAUAUAAUGAACCAACAGACAACUUUGAGAAUGGCCAGAAUGAACAGAGUAACACUGACAGAUGAAGACUGGACUGCAGCAACGGUUGAUGACGACAAACCUCAGGAAAAUAAACCAUCAAAAACUUACUCUGCGAUAGACCUGUUCAGGAUACCAGCCAUUCGAUUCGUUACUGUUAAAAUUACAUACAUUUGGUUUACAAAUUCGUUUGUGUUUUACGGAUUAACCUUGAAUACUGGAGCUUUGGCGGGAGACAUAUUUCUCAAUAAUUUAUUCGUGGGCAUAGUUUCGCUGCUUUCGUACCUUGUAUGUGCUUUAGUGAUGAACAGAUUAGGACGCCGUGCAAUAAUGAGCGGUAUGUUGAUAUUUGGGGGGUUCGGUCUCCUAUUUAGCGUUGUGGGUGGUCAGUUUAAAGAUGACAACGGAGUUAUGGAAAAGGUGUGCCUUGCGUUGGCGUUUGCAGGACGUUUCGGUAUAACUGGCACCUAUGGUGUAAUGUACCCAUUUUCAGCUGAGCUGUACCCCACAGUACUAAGAGGUAACGGGAUGGGCAUGGGAGCGAUCAGUUCUCGAAUGGGUGCGAUACUUGCACCGUUUGUUAUCAGCUUACAAGAUUACCACAAAUGGAUUCCAAAUACGAUCUUCGGUUGUUUAGGUGUAAUGGCUGGCCUUGUAUGUCUUACCUUUCCUGAAACGAACGGCCGCAACAUGAUGGAAACUAUUGAAGAAGCUGAAGAUUUCUUCGGGAAAAAGAAAAACGCCAGUAAAGAGGAUACAGCAAGUAUAAAGUCAAACUUAAUGGCGGAAACAUGCCUCGAAAACGAAUCAAAAAGUGCUGACUGCUGACACUUCAAUUACGUUGUUGGCGAAAAAGCAUCAGAAACCCAUUUACGUAUAACUCUGGCCUGAAUUCCAGGUCCUUUGGCAAGCCUUACUAUAGAACCUCACCCAUAUAGAAUAUCAGUAUUGAAUUAGAUCUAUAUUACUGUGUUUUUUUAAUCCCACGUCCUUAAUCGUAGAUUUAAUAUUAAAUAGAUUGAUUACGUUAGACAACUAUAUAGUUUUGUGAAUAUAACUAAAGGCAUUCCUAUGCCCACCUGCUCUAGUGUAUAACACCAUUAAAUAUAUUGUAGCCUCUACUUUACUGUGAUGCUUAUGAUCUUACGUGCGAAUAGUAAUAAAACUGCUACUGUUAUUUUAAUAACGAUUUCUUCAAAUAUAAAACUUUAUCUUUCUGACCGUUUUCCAAUCUAAACUUCUCCAAAUGAAGUUUAGUCAUUGUUAUUCUUUGUUGUUUCCAUUUUUACAAUUUAUUUGUAAUUGAAUGGGGACUUCGUUAAGUUCAUUUUAGACUUCUUCUCUGCAUUUACAUUUCUAGAAAUAUUGUUUUUCUAGCUUGUGUUAUAAAGCACGUAUUUAUGCAUUUAGGUUAUGGUGUAACUGUCAUAUGUUUAGGGACAAAGACCUGAAUACGUGUCUUAUAAGUUUCAUAAUUUUACUGUGCGCAAAAAGUGCACUUUUCUGUUUUUUCCAGAAGCGUGUUAUAACGCCUGUCGAUUCACCGUUACUUCCGGUAUUUUCAUGUUAUACUACUCCGCCAUUCGUAGUUUUUUAUCGAGGCAAAAUAAAGUUAUUCAUUCAUUCAUAACGAAAU